UAUCUUCCGGUUGCAUCGACACAGGAAGAACAAUUCUUGUGCAUGUUAGCAAAGCAAGCAUGUCUAUGUCAAGUUGUAGUUUUGGAAGUGGUUGUAGAAUUUUGGUGCCUAAUGAAGAGGCGUGAAUGAUCUAACUGUUCGUGUAGACAGUGAAGGAGGUAGCCGUCGCUAUGCCUGUCCUCUGUAGUAGCUGUGAGAAGAAACGUGCUGUGCUAAAACGGCCGAAAACGGGCCAUUCGCUCUGCAAGGAGUGCUUCUUCUGGGCCUUUGAAGAAGAGGUGCACCAGACCAUAAUCUCCGCUCGACUUUUCAACCCCGGGGAAACGGUGGGAAUUGGAGCGUCGGGUGGGAAGGACUCUACUGUGCUGGCCCAUGUGCUGAAGGUGCUCAAUGAGCGCUACAACUAUGGCUUGAAGCUCCUGUUGCUUUCAGUGGACGAGGGCAUCACGGGUUACCGUGACGACUCCCUGGAGACUGUGAAGAGGAACGAGCAGCAGUAUGCGUUGCCACUGACGAUUGUAUCCUAUGAGGAGCUGUAUGGUUGGACCAUGGAUGCCAUCGUUAAGCAGGUGGGCCUGAAGAACAACUGCACCUUCUGUGGGGUGUUCCGAAGGCAAGCGCUGGACAGAGGGGCCAUGAUGUUAAACGUGGACAAGAUCUGCACAGGUCACAACGCGGACGACGUGGCGGAGACGGUGCUGAUGAACGUCCUCCGCGGCGACAUCGCCCGGCUGCGGCGGUGCACGGCCAUCAGCACGGCCAGCGAGGGCGAGGGGGUGGUGCCGCGCUGCAAGCCCCUCAAGUACGCCUACGAGAAGGAGAUCGUGCUCUACGCCUACUUCAACAAGCUGGACUACUUCUCCACCGAGUGCGUCUACUCGCCCAACGCCUACCGCGGCCACGCCCGGACCUUCCUCAAGGACCUGGAGUCCGUGCGGCCCAGCGCCAUCAUGGACGUCAUCCACUCCGGGGAGAACCUGUCGGUGCGGGAGGGGGUGCGCAUGCCCGUGCAGGGGACCUGCUCCCGCUGCGGCUACAUCUCCAGCCAGGCGCUCUGCAAGGCCUGCGUGCUCCUGGAGGGGCUCAACCGCGGCCUCCCCCGGCUGGGCAUCGGCAAGCACCACCGGCUGCACGGCAAAAUCCUGGCAAAAGAGCCGCUCACCCAGGAGGAGGAGCGCAAGCUGAAGGCCGUGGACUUCUGAUCGCGUUCUGGCCGGCGGGACUGAAGCGUGUCGCACAUUGCAACUGUGACUUAAAGAGCAUGUCUCUCAAAACCCUGGUUUUUACAUAAACCACCAGUCACCCAGUGAAGUCUACAGAUAGGGAAGUCUAAAUGCCUGUGCGACAUUCAGAUAUGUUAAUUAUGUGGUUAUAAGUUCAUGAAAAUGUGUGACAUGGUCAGAUUGCUGAGACCUGCUCUUUAGGCAUUUGUGAGAACUUGUACUGUUGAAAUAAAAAGUAUGCAUUCAGAUCUUACUUGCCUGUUGUGUUUUGGCAGUUUGACAUGGCUGACGGUCCUUUACUAAAGUGGUGGGAUUUGGGGAAAAUGAGACUACCUAGUUUGUAGCUCAAUAUGCUAUCUUUUCCAAGUUGUACAUAAGUUUGUUUUAAGUUGUAUUGCCUGUCUUAUCAGGUCUUUUAUUAUGCAAAAUUGAUGCUGCAAAAAUAAAAAAGCAAAACCGUAUGUAUUUAA